AUGAUCAAACUGGACGUUUUCAAGUUGGCCAAAAUGGGGCCAAGUAAAGGGAAGGGGCCACUCAUCGCAAAGUACGCUCCUGUUGGGUUCAAAAAAGGAUUCGGGGCUAUCGGACUGGGAAGGCACACCAAAAAGGGGUUCUUCAUUAUUAACAAAAUGCUGGUGCCCAAUUUUCGCGUCCCAGACCUGAGCGAUUGCAACUUAAAACCAUAUGUCUCGCAGAAAACGCCCCUCAUCGUCAUGAAGAAGCAGUUGGGUCCCCGGCGAAAAAUCCUCAACUGAAUCGCGCACAUGGUCCGUACGUUACACAUUUUUGGCGCCAUUUAUUUAUCGCUCAUUUGCUUUUCUUUGUGAUGAUUUUUUAUUUUUUCCAGUUCGAGCAACCUCACAUGUAUGUCGCCCUGGUGGUUAAAUUAAAGCGCGCCAACCGAAUCGCAACUGGUAACGCACGAACAGAAACAGCAAAAGGGAUAGACCGGAAGGUCGCGGGCUGCAUGACGCUGCCAACCAGCGAAACACCAAUCAAACUUGUGCUGACGAAUAGCAACCGGCACAAAAGCACCGAGGAGGCUUUACAAUUCUGCUGCGAGGAGACACACCAGGGAAGCCAUGCUAACAACCCAUACACAGACGAUGCAAACGCCAUAGCGGAAGAACUUCUGGGCGAACUCCUCUACGUAGGGGUCACCAUCAAGCAUGUUAAUAAAUUACAUUCCAAGGAGAACACGAAAAACUGGUUAAAGCAGAAUGCAAACUAUCAUGUCUAUGUGGAUAUAGUACUAGUAAGUGACAAUGGGGUGGAAGUAUCCGCACUGGCACAUAAACUGCAUUUGCAGGAGGAAAAUUAUUUCGCUAGUGAACAAAGAAAAGUGCACAGGUGGGUGUUAGGCAGGAGAAGAUGUUCACCUCACAACGGGAAGGAUCCCACAGAUGGGGUAGACGAAGACAAAAUUUUCUUCCCACUAGAUAACCACAAACAAACCCUCGACAACAUUGAAGAGGCCCUCCUUGCAACGGAACAGUACCAAGUAGAAGGGGUCAUUUAUUUUCUGGAGCUACCACUGACCAUUGCGCAGAGGUACCUCAAUAAACAACUACAGGUAAAGGUCCAGCUGUAUGAAAGCCCUAAGGUGGAAAAAGGGAAAAGUGGGAACUCCUUCCUGAACGAUAAACAUGUGAAUGACUUGAGAAAUAUUUUCAACUAUCCGUCGCUGCUGCUGAGCAAUGUGCAGUGGUCGUCGACAUUUACGUCUGGGAUGGCCCUCGAAGGGGCAAAGAAAAGGAAAAAAGGAAAGAAUGGCCGGGAUGGUCACGUUGGUGAAGAUGAUGAGGAUGAUGACGACUCCGAUGAUGACCAACGGGAGGGCAACCCCUUUCCGCACAACGGAGAGGACGUCCGAAGCUUCCCGCCAAACGUCAACAUGCACAGCAUUUGCAAAGGAAUCAACAAACUGGAGGAACACGUGCACAGCGCAAACUACGCAAACAGAGACUUCAAAAAAAUUAUUUUAACGAAACAAAUUAUCGUCACCAAGCCGCUUAACAUAAAGUGUAAAAUAAUGGAACCUUAUCUCUACCUGGAAAUUGAAAAUGUGACGAAACAAAAUAGAGUGCAAAUCCAUGAACUGUUUUCUAGAUCCGUGAACAUGGACAGUAGUGACAACUUUCCGUUUUCUCUCCUCCCGGAGGAGACCUACAGUCUUUACCUUCCGAUUGUAAAUUUCGUGCAGGUCCUCUCGAAGAAAAGUACCCAAGAGAGGGAGAGGGAGAGGGUGAGGAGCUCCCUGCGUAGCUCUGUGCACACUGCUGAUGUGAGCACUGCCCUACAGAACACUUUCCACGGUAUCGAUGCAGGUGCUUCACUGUAUAACCCCUUCUUCCUCACCACAGAGGGAGGAAUAUCUCACCAGAUGAGCAGACGCCGCAGCAGUGACGCACACCAGCGGGCAAGCCAACUUGUAGACGUGACGAAGAGAUUAAAAAAUAGGAAUCCAAUUUCACCCGUUCCAUUGGAUGACAAGCAUAAACGUUUGUCCUUCCACUUUCAAAGCGACAAGAGCAUCAUCACCCUGUCCAUAAAAUGGAGCAUAGACGAAACUCCAGAUAACUUUAUAUGGUCCCAGUAUUGUAUGGAGGUGGAGAUGCCAAAAGCGCACACCUUUACCCUUGAAGUUUCCUUCGUAAAGGAAAUAAAUUCUUCCUCCGUCCUUAUGGCCGUCUUCUCAUUUUAUAACCCCCACCACGAGGAGAUAGACCUUCUCAUGGAGAUGAAAGACGAGAGUGGUGCCCUAAACAACGACGUCCACAAUUCGCUCAUUUCCUUUAACUCGCUAAUCCACGUGGGGGUUAUAAAACCAUUUCAGCGCAAGUCGAUCAGCGUCCGCAUGCUAGCCAUUAUGUUCGGCGUGCACAAUGUCCCCUUCGUUAAGAUUAUCAAUCGGGUCACCGACACUGCGUAUUAUGUCGAAUUGGGAUCUAUCCUCGUCACGGAAUAA